AUGUUGGGCAGCGGUGGAAACUGCGCCCACGGUGGAGGUACCCACGCUGGACCACCGUCUAUGCGGGUGAAGGGAAGGGGUGGUGGAAGUGGGAGGGGGAAUGCCGCAGCCGGCAUAGGAGUGGAUAUGUUGGACUGGGGGUCGCCCCAGUCAACGGACCUGUCUGAAAUAACCUCCCAACCUCUGCUUCCUAUGUUGAAUGAAGCAAAUAUAUACAAACAUUCAACAUUCAACACGUCCAUCAUGGGUGGGAUCGCUACUGGGAGGCAUUCCUCUCACUUCCUUUCCAGACUUGCAAUGGACUCUUCACAGCAGGCAAAUGUUGGACCAAUGAGAAGCACUUCUGGAAAGGCCGGUCCUGCUCAGCAACAGCGAUCACCUAUCACACGCGAUGAGUUUGUUGAACUCUUUGGAGGGAUGUACCGUUCGAAUGCUGUGGCCAUAGUGCAUGUCUGCCUUCCUCAUCUCGACCACACCAAGAUGGACGACGUCGAACUGCUGUUCUGGGGCCGUUACUAUGGUGCCUACCAAGGCUCCUUCAACAAUUGGCUCGCAUUGAUGAAGAGCAAGUUCAAGACUGGUAACAACACUGAGAAGCAAGCGAAGGAGAGGCUGCGGAAGCAUGCGAAGGUGGUCCUCGACCAAUCGAUUCCCAUCUUUGGAUUCACCAUCCAUGUCUGGGGCACAGGCAUGGAAGCCUCUCACAUGUACAACCUCGACUUCGUCAACAAAGCUACGUUGAAGCACAUCCAACCUCCCCUCUCAUGCCAGCUCUACACCAUCCACUCACCAAACAAAUGGUGGCUGCCUAAUUUUUGCUGUGGGAAGGUUGAAAUGGCACCAGGGUCAGAGAUGUAUCAGGUGUUCAAAGGGGACUCAUUCAUGCUGAGUGUGGGUAUAGACAUGAGGGUGGUGUUCGAUAUACCGGUUCGACGUUCACUGGUGAAGCCAGAUUGGCUCCUGGGCACCACCACUGUCACUUUUACACAUUCUAUGACAUAG